CUCUCUCUCUCUCUCUCUCUCUCUCUCUCUCUCUCUCUCUCUCUCUCUCUCUAUCACUCACCAAAAGAGAAAAAAUAAAAUCUUUGAUUUCUUUCUCACUUCAAACAAAAAAAUCUCGUGAUAUAAUUUUAUUCUUGAUUCUCUCGAAAUCUCCUCACAACAAACCCCGAAACUUACCGUGAUUCACAAGUUCUUCUUCCUUUUAUAAUCCCUUUCAUUUCGUUUUCUUGAUGCGAACAUAGAGAAAAAAAAAAAACUAAAAUGAUGGAAGAAUAUUUUGAUUUUCGACCACUGAAGUACACAGAGCACAAAACAUCAGUCACUAAAUACACCAAAAAGUCACCGGCAAAAAAUCCCUCCGGCGAAACUCGACCGGACUCAGUGAGAAUCGUUCGUGUCUCUGUAACCGAUCCUUACGCAACCGAUUCAUCAAGUGACGAAGAAGAAGACUUCCUCUUUCCUCGCCGGCGAGUCAAGAGAUUCGUUAACGAGAUCAAAGUCGAGCCAGCCUGCAACAACAACAACAUCAAUACCACCGGAGUUUCAAUGAAAUACAGGAAGAGACUCUCCGAUGAAACUCAAUCUCCGGCGACCAGUCGUCACCGUCGUCCACUCAAGGUAGCAAUCCCCUCCGCUCAAAAUGGGAGGAAGUUCCGCGGCGUUAGACAACGGCCGUGGGGGAAAUGGGCGGCGGAGAUUCGCGAUCCCGAGCAACGUCGGAGGAUUUGGCUUGGUACUUUCGAGACGGCGGAGGAAGCCGCCGUGGUUUAUGAUAACGCUGCCAUUAGACUCCGUGGACCGGACGCUUUAACCAAUUUCUCCAUACCGCCUCAGUCUCAAGAAGAAGAAGAAGAAGAACCGGAAAACCCGGUUAUUGAUAAACCGGAAAACAACAUUACAACGACAACAACAACAACAACAACAUCCAGUUCCGAAUCAACCGAAGAUUUUCAACAUCUUUCAUCUCCUACAUCGGUUCUCAAUAUCCGACCAUCGGAAGACAUACAACAACCGUUUAAAUCAGCUAAACCGGAACCAGAAACUUCAGAUGCACCAUGGUGGCAUACCGGGUUUAGUUCCGGUUCAGGUGAAUCAGACGAUUCGUUCCCUUUGGAUACUCCCUUUCUCGACAGCUAUUUCAACGAAUCUCCACCUGAGAUUUCAGUAUUCGAUCAACCAAUGGGUCAAGUAUUUUCUGAAAAUGAAGAUAUAUUCAAUGAUAUGUUCUUGGGUGGUGAAAGUAUGAUGAUGAACAUUGGAGAGGAGUUUACUUCAUCCAGUAUCAAAGAUAUUGGUUCAAUGUUCAGUGAUUUUGAUGAUUCAUUGAUAUCAGAUUUAUUACUGGUUUAAUAUCAUCAGCCAAAAGAAGCUUCAGAGAAACCAUGAGCAAAUAUAUCUACGGCGUGACUGAGAAAUUUUGAUGUUUUUAAUUAUUUCUUUUUAAUUUUAAUAAUUUUAAAUUUUGUCUAAGCACUUGUAAAACAGUUUUAGAGAAAUAGUGGAAAAUAGUUAAUGAGUUUUGUUUUA